GUGCUCUGCUUCCUCCUCUUUCUCCUUCCUCUGCUGCCCUAAAUCCAUGCUAAAGUCGUCGACAUGAUCGCCUCCUCUCACGGCGGCCGACGUCGGCUCAGCCUCGAGCUGAGGCAGUGAUGGCUCGGAAAACCAUGGGCUCACGACGGCAGAGUAGGUAUUAGUUAAGGGUUUUGUUUGGGUGGUGGGCUGGGUAGUUGAUCGGUGCCGGCGAUGGCGACGGCGAACGCGUUGGUGACGAAUCAGGCAGAGGCGGAGGAAUCGGCGGAGGAGGAGGUGGCGUCGAAGGCGGCGCAUAAGCGGUUCGAGUCGCUGACGAUGGUGAGGAACAAGGCGAUCAAGGGGAAGGGAGCGUGGUAUUGGGCGCACCUGGAGCCGGUGUUGGUGCCGGGAUCCGAGGCAGCGAUCCCUAAGGCCGUGAAGCUCCGGUGCUCCCUGUGCGACACCGUCUUCUCGGCCUCCAACCCCUCCCGCACCGCCUCCGAGCACCUCAAGCGCGGAACCUGCCCUAAUUUCGCCUCCCCCUCCUCCUCCGCCGCUUUGCCGCUCGCUUCCCCACCUCCUCCGCCGCCACCCCCCAAGCCCAUCUCCGCCAUUGCCCCCUGCGAUUCCUCCUCGACGGCCGGUCCCAACUGCCGUAAGCGCUCCUCCCCCUCCGGCGCCGCCAGCCAUUCGCCUGCCCACUUACAUCUACCUCGCUUCGCUGCUGUCGAUCCCGCCCGGUUCUCCUUGUCGCCUGCCACCCCCGCCGCGGGUAGCAGCGGCGAAGUCUUGUUCUCCACGCCGCCGCCUCUCCCGCUCCUCCUGCCGCCUCCUCUGCCUGUAUUCUCCAGCGGGAAGGAGGACCUCGGCUCGCUGGGGAUGCUCGAGGGCAGCGUCAAGAGGCUGAAGAGCCCCAAGUCCUUCUCCGCUCCAUCCCUCUCCAAACCUCAAAUGGACUCCGCCCUCUCCCUCCUCUCCGAUUGGUUCCACGAGUCCGCCGGAACCGGCGCCAUCUCUCUCUCCUCCGCCGAGCAUCCCAAGUUCCGCGCCUUCCUCGGCAACGUGGGUCUUCCCCUAGUUUCUCGCCGCGACCUCGUCGGCCACCGCCUAGAGGGACGCUACGAGGAGGCCCGUGCGGAGGCCGACGCGCGCAUCCACGACGCUCUCUUCUUCCAGCUGUCCUCCGAUGGGUGGAAGAAACCCCAGGACUCGUCCUCCUCCAUCAUCAACAUGACGGUGAACCUCCCCAACGGGACCAUCGUCUUCCACCGGUCCCUGGUCACGCACGGCCGAGCUGCGUCCAAGUCGGCAGAGGAGGUGCUGCUAGACACCAUAACGGACAUCGCCGGCGAGGGCAACACUCAGAGGUGCGCCGGGAUCAUCGCGGACAAGUUCAAGUCCAAGGCGCUUCUGGAAUUGGAGAACCAGUAUCCAUGGAUGGUGAACCUCUCGUGCCAGCUACAGGGCCUCCGCGGUCUCAUCAAGGACAUCGCCCGUGAGCUUCCACUCGUCCACACCGUGGCAGCCAAAUGCUACAAGCUCGCGAGCUUCUUCAACAAGCACCCGCAAGUGAGGAGCAUCUUCCACAAGUACCAGCUCCAGGAGCUGGACAACGUGUGCCUCCUCCGUGUGCCGCCGUCCUACGACGCAGCGGAAGGUGUCGCACCGGCGCUGUCAGUCUUCCCCAUGAUCGAGGACAUCUUGUCCUCUGCUCGCGCCGUGCAAUCCGUUGUACUCCAUGAAUCCUACAAGUCAAUCUGCCGCGACGAUCCCACCGCGCGGGACAUGGCGGACAUGGUCCUGGAAAUGAGCUUCUGGAACCAACUUGAGUCGGUGCACGCGCUGGUCCGGCUGCUGGAGGACAUGGUCCUGGAAACAGAGGCAGAGCGACCGCUGGUGGGGCAAUCCCUGCCGCUGUGGGAGGAGCUGCGGUCCAAGGUCAGUGACUGGUCCUCCAAGUACAACAUCAAGCUCGCUCCUUUGGAGAAGGUGAUCGACAAGAGGUUCAAGAAGCACUACCACCCGGCUUGGCCGGCUGCGUUCGUGCUGGAUCCACUGUACUUGGUGAAGGACGUCAGUGGCAAAUACCUUCCGCCAUUCAAGUCUCUGAGCUCUCACCAAGAGAAGGACGUGGACAAGCUGAUCACCAGACUGGUCUCGCGCGACGAAGCCCACAUUGCUCUCAUGGAGCUGAUGAAGUGGAGAACAGAAGGAUUGGAUCCGCUGUACGCACAGGCGGUGCAGGUGAGGCAGCGAGACCCCGCGACCGGGAAGCUGAAGGUGGCCAACCCACAGAGCAGCAGGCUGGUAUGGGAGACCUACCUUAACGAGUUCAAAUGCCUCGGCAAGGUUGCCGUGAGGCUCAUCUUCCUCCACGCCACCUCCUGUGGCUUCAAGCACAACCCUUCCCUGCUGCGUCGGGCCUGCUGCAACUCCCGGUUGGCCGCCGGCGUCGACCGAAUGCACAAGUUGAUCUUUGUCGCGGCCAAUGCAAAACUGGAAAGGAGAGACUUUUCGAGCGAGGAAGAGAAGGACUCGGCGCUGUUCAUCAACGGGGAAGACGAGGAAGAGGAGGAGGAGGACGACAAUGAUAAUGAUCUCAACGAAUCAACAUUUGCAGAGGCCUCCACAGUUAGAAAUAGACUGGAGGAAGAAACUUAUGGAACAAAAGGAGGCAACUGUUGAAGAUCAGUCACCUUUUCGAUGGAAUCUAAGAACUCAAAUGGUGAAGCAUUGGUGAAAGAGCUUAGUGUCAAUCUUCCUUUGAUUGUUCAUGUAUAUGACAAACAGAACAAGGCUCAAUAACUACUAAUUUGGUGGUGGUUUUGCCCCUGUAAUGA